AUGCAGUUAUUAAAUGCUUACAACGGCACUUUUUUGCCACCUGUGCGUUUGGUAUGUCCGGACUUUGCUAAAGUAAGUAGGUUUUUCAUCAACUUGUGUUAUUGAAAUAUUAAGUAAAAUAAUUUUUUCUAAAUUUAUAGUCGGCGCUUGGCAAUGCACGCGUUUGCUCAUGGAAGGCCAAUGGUAUUAACUGCUUUUGCCAUGUAAAACACAUGAAUGGAUACUAUUGUUUUCAUCCGGUUAUUGGACCUCCAGGUUAUGAAGCUGCAGCGAAAACACGCAAAGAUUGCCUUCGCCUCCCGGAACACUUUAGCGUGUUUGACUUGCCAUGCACUGCAGAUCAUGAUGUACAAGAUUAUAUAAAUUAG